CUGCCAGAUCCGACGCUGGAUGGGCAGCGGCUCGCAUCGCAGCUGAACAGGGAGGCGGAGGAAAAAAAGGAGGCGGCCGGCCGGGGAAGAGCCCGCAGCCAGCCAGCCAGCCAAGCAGCCCAGGGAAAGAAGAGGGACUGGGACAGACAGGGGGAAGCAGAGCUCCAGAUUUCCCCCCCAUACCUCUCCACCCCCGUCGUCAGCAGCAGCAGCAGCAGCAGCAAAAAAACACACACGAGGAUUAUUUCUGUUUUGUAGCAUUCUUCCGUUUUGAAUUCUCACGCACCCCUCCAUCAAAGGACUUUCUUCUAAAAAAAUAUUAUUAUUAUUUUGGACGAGUCUUUCAUUAUUAUUUUUUAAAUUAAAUAAAGUGCGCGCAUCUAUGUGUGAUCCCUCCUUCCCGUAGAGAUUGGAAGCAGACGCCCUGCUGGGGCUCCUGAUCCGCGCGCCGGGCGCCCCCCCACCCCGCCAGUUUUCAUGCGAGGCUUUGGGUCAUGAUUACAUCCCCCUUGCUUUCUGCCGUAAGAAGUAGUCAGCACGGAGGAGGAGGAGGAGGAGGUGGUGGAGCAGCGGCGGCGGCGGCGGGAGGAGGAGGCGCGAGAGAUCUCGGAAGCAGCAACAGCAACAGCAGCAGCUCCGGCUCUGAUCUUCCCUGGCAAAGCGGACACACUGGGAUUUCUACCAGCGGCGGCAACAGCAGCAGCAAACCUUUCUUCCACUCUGUCCCACCCUCGGACCCUUUGCGCCAGGCGAACCGGCUCCCCAUCAAAGUCCUGAAAAUGCUUACGGCACGGACUGGACACAUUUUGCAUCCCGAAUACCUUCAGCCUUUGCCUUCCACCCCAGUCAGCCCCAUCGAGUUAGACGCGAAGAAGAGCCCGCUGGCUCUCCUGGCUCAGACUUGCUCGCAGAUCGGCAAGCCCGACCCGUCGCCGUCGUCCAAGCUUUCGUCUGUCACGUCGAACGGCAGUGACAAGGACUCUUCCAAGUCGGGCCCGCUGAAGCUCAGCGACAUCGGCGUAGAGGACAAGUCCAGCUUCAAGCCUUACUCCAAGCCCGGCGCGGACAAGAAAGAGGCGUCGGCGGGCGUCGGGGGCUCGGCGGCCGCCUCGGGGGGAGGCUCGGGCGGCGGCGGCGGCGGCGGCAACGAGAAGUCGGGCUUCCGUGUGCCGAGCGCCACCUGCCAGCCGUUCACGCCAAGGACAGGCAGCCCCACGUCCAGCGCCUCGGCCUGCUCGCCCGGCCUGCUGCCCGGCGCCGACGGCAAGGCCGGCGACGCGGACAAGAAGGACUCUUCCGACGGCUGCGGCGCCAAGGCGGCCUCGGAGCCGUCCGGGGGCCACGGCCGGCUGGGCGCAGGCUGUGGCGGGAUUACGGCGGAGCUGAGCCAAGCGGCCCACGAGAGCGCCAAGGGCCUCCUGGCGUCGUCGUCCUCGUCCUCCUCGUCGUCGUCCGCGUCGUCGGACUCGUCCUCCUGCGGAGGCAGCAACACGGUCACGUCCUCGUCGUCGGCCGCGGCGGUGCUCAGUUCGGGCCUGGUGGCCCCCGUGUCUCCCUACAAGCCCGGCCAGACGGUGUUUCCGCUGCCGCCGGCCGGCAUGAGCUACCCGGGCUCCCUCGCUGGCGCGUACGCGGGCUACCCGCCGCAGUUCCUGCCGCACGGCGUGGCGCUCGACCCCACCAAGUCCGGCAGCCUGCAGCUGGCCGGUAGCCUGGGCUGCAGCAAAGCGGCGGGCUCCAGUCCGCUGGCCGGCGCGUCCCCGCCGUCGGUGAUGACGGCCAGCCUGUGCCGAGACCCCUAUUGCCUGAGCUACCACUGCGCCAGCCACUUGGCCGGCGCCGCCAGCGCUUCCUGCGCGCACGACCAGGCGCUCAAGUCCGGCUACCCGCUGAUGUACCCGACGCACCCGCUGCACACGGUGCACUCCUCGCUGAGCGGAGCCACGCCGCCCUCGCUGGCCGGCCACCCCUUGUACCCUUACGGCUUCAUGCUCCCCAACGACCCCCAGCCGCACAUCUGCAACUGGGUGUCGGCCAACGGACCGUGCGACAAGCGCUUCGCCACCUCGGAAGAGCUGCUCAGCCACUUGCGGACUCACACGGCCUUCCCGGGCACGGACAAGCUGCUGUCCAGCUACCCGAGCUCCACCUCCUUAGCCAGCGCGGCGGCAGCGGCCAUGGCUUGCCACAUGCACAUCCCCACCACCGUUGCCCCCGGAAGCCCCGGCACCCUGGCUUUGCGCAGCCCGCACCACGCCUUGGGACUCAGCAGCCGCUACCACCCUUAUUCAAAGAGCCCCUUGCCCACCCCGGGAGCCCCCGUGCCUGUCCCGGCGGCCACGGGACCGUAUUACUCCCCUUACGCACUCUAUGGGCAAAGACUGACGACAGCGUCCGCUUUGGGAUAUCAGUGAGUUUUUUGGGGGCUUCUUUUGAAUUUUUUUGUUUUUGUUUUGGUGGUCGAAAGGGUGUGGGGUGGGGCGCGAGGAAUUUCAAGCAACGGUUCUCGUUGGGCGGGGGAGAAGAACACAAAGCAACCCUUCAAAACUUUCUUUAAAAAAAAUCCCACAAAAGAACAGAAAAUUGAAAUUUGACUUUUUUUAUAUAUAUAUAAAGAUAGUGUUCAUCUUGAGGACUGGAUCCAUGGGCACUGUAUUUAUUUAUGUUAGCUUCAAGCGGGACAAUGAAUCAAUAAAAGUGCAUUACAUAACUUCAGCUCGAUAGGCUUAAAGGAGAAAAAAAAGAGAAAAAAUUAAAGUGGAAACACCCGUUGUAGAAUAUAAAUAAAUAAAACGAAAACGAAAAUAGAGGUCUUCUCUUUAAUGUUACUUUAAAAUUGCUAUGAUUGUAUUGUACCUUCUUAUUUAAUGUCUCAUUGGGGGUGGGUGGGGGAAAAAAAAACCCUAAAUGCAUGUCUCUUUUUAAAAAUCAAAAUCAAACAAACAGAAAACCCCUUUACCACUUAACUUGCAAUUUGUCGACUCGAAUUUCAAAUUGCAUUUAUUUUUUAAGAUGUAUGCCAUCGCAGAAAGAGAAUUGGUAUUUUUUUGUACUUAUUCUGGAAGAAAGGAAACCCAACAACGAUUCCAAAAACCUCCAUUUGCCUUAUUUUUGUUCUUUAAAAGGAACACUGGACUAUUUUUUAAUUUUUAAGUCCACCCUGUAGAAGGGGCAGAAGCAAGGAUGACGUCAUGUAUUUAAAAUAAUAGACAAUGUAUCGCUUUAAAAGAUUAAAAUUCCGUAUAUUUGAUGUAUUAAAAAGGUUUUACUUUUCUUUUGCAA